CCCCCAGCUCUUUUGCUUUCUCUCACUACUUCAAUUUUUUAAAUCUCUGUUUUUAAUUUUUUUUAAUUAAUUGGUGGUUUGGAAUUUUCCGUGCUCUGUUUUGGAGCUUGAAGUUGUGGAGGUGGUUUUUUGGUUUUGAGAAAACCCUAGGAAUUUUGACGUCGGUCGGUGGUUCGGCGUGGGGUCGGCCGGGUUUUUUUGGAUUUGUUCGGGUCCCGCCCCCGGUCGGUGUUCUUGCUUCAGCUAGGGCUUCGAUCUGAUUGAGGAGCGGUUGAUUUGCUUGCGGUUUUGUCGGCGAAUCCGGGAAAUAAAUUUUGGAAAUGUCGUCUUUGAGUAGGGAGUUGGUUUUCCUCAUACUGCAAUUCCUUGAAGAGGAAAAGUUCAAGGAGUCUGUUCACAGGCUUGAGCAAGAAUCAGGGUUUUUCUUCAAUAUGAAGUAUUUUGAGGAAAAAGUGCAUGCUGGUGAAUGGGAAGAGGUUGAGAAGUAUCUUUCCGGGUUCACCAAAGUUGAUGAUAAUCGUUACUCCAUGAAGAUAUUUUUUGAAAUAAGGAAGCAAAAGUAUCUUGAAUCCCUCGACCGCCAAGACAAGGCGAAGGCAGUUGACAUAUUGGUCAAUGAUCUGAAAGUAUUCUCAACAUUCAAUGAGGACUUGUACAAAGAAAUAACUCAGCUCUUAACGCUCAACAAUUUCAGGGAAAAUGAGCAGCUGUCAAAAUAUGGUGACACUAAGACUGCUCGAAGUAUUAUGUUGAUAGAAUUGAAAAAAUUAAUUGAAGCUAAUCCACUUUUCCGUGAGAAGCUUGUUUUCCCUACCCUGAAAGCAUCUAGAUUGCGCACCCUAAUCAAUCAAAGUUUAAACUGGCAGCAUCAGCUCUGUAAGAAUCCAAGGCCAAACCCAGACAUCAAGACUUUAUUCACAGAUCAUACUUGCACCCCACCAAAUGGCGCUCUUGCUCAAACUCCUGUCAAUCUUCCUGCUGCUGCUGUUGCAAAGCCUGCUGCCUAUACAUCACUUGGAGCGCAUGGGCCCUUUCCGCCCGCAGCUGCUACUGCUAAUGCAAAUGCAUUAGCUGGUUGGAUGGCAAAUGCUGCUGCUUCUUCAUCUGUUCAAGCAGCUGUGGUGACUGCAUCGUCCUUGCCAGUACCACCAAAUCAAGUUUCCAUGUUGAAGCGUCCAAUUACGCCUCCUGCUACGCUGGGCAUGGUUGAGUACCAGAGUGCUGAUCACGAACAGUUAAUGAAACGCCUACGCCCGGCACAGUCAGUUGAGGAGGUUACAUAUCCAACAGCUCGUCAACAACCAUCGUGGUCCCUGGAUGAUCUGCCUAGAAAUGUUGCCUUUACCAUGCAUCAAGGAUCCACUGUGACAAGCAUGGACUUCCAUCCUUCUCACCAUACCCUGUUGCUUGUGGGCUCUAAUAAUGGUGAUAUUACCCUCUGGGAGGUUGGCAUCCGAGAGAAGCUGGUCACUAAGCCCUUUAAGAUUAGGGAAAUGCAAGCUUGUUCCUUGUCAUUUCAGGCUUCUGUUGCCAAAGAGGCACCUUUUUCAGUGAGCCGUGUCACAUGGAGUCCUGAUGGUACUUUUGCCGGAGCUGCUUUCUCUAAGCAUUUGGUCCAUUUGUAUGCCUAUGCUGGGUCAAAUGAUUUACACCAGCCUCUGGAGAUUGAUGCCCAUGCCGGGGGAGUAAAUGAUAUAGCUUUUGCUUAUCCGAACAAACAGCCGUGUGUUGUGACUUGUGGGGAUGACAAAUUGAUUAAGGUCUGGGAUUUACAAGGACGCAAGUUAUUUAAUUUUGAAGGACACGAGGCACCUGUAUACUCCAUAUGUCCCCAUCAAAAAGAAAAUAUUCAGUUUAUAUUUUCAACAGCUAUUGAUGGGAAGAUUAAGGCAUGGUUGUAUGAUAAUAUGGGAUCUAGGGUUGAUUAUGAUGCUCCUGGGCGUUGGUGUACCACAAUGCUUUACAGUGCUGAUGGUAGUAGGUUGUUCUCUUGUGGAACUGGCAAAGAAGGAGACUCUUUUCUGGUUGAAUGGAAUGAAAGUGAAGGAGCCAUAAAGAGGACCUACACUGGGUUCCGAAAGAAAUCAGCUGGAGUUGUUCAGUUUGAUACUACUCAAAAUCACUUUUUGGCUGUAGGUGAAGACAGCCAGAUCAAGUUUUGGGACAUGGAUAACACUAACAUUCUCACCUCAACCGAUGCUGAGGGUGGUCUUCCGUCUCUUCCACGCCUGAGAUUCAACAAAGAAGGGAAUCUGCUUGCUGUUACCACUGCUGACAAUGGAAUCAAGAUACUUGCAAAUGCAGCGGGCAUGAGGUCGUUGAGAACUGCCGAGAACCCUGGUUUUGAAGCAUUGAGGUCACCCAUGGAAGCUGCUGCAAUCAAGGUUUCUGGUUCGGCUGUUGCUAGCAUUCCUCCUGUUAAUCUGAAAGUUGAAAGAAGUUCUCCUGUCAGACCAUCUCCUAUACUUAAUGGAGUUGAUUCAAUAUCUAGAGCAAUGGACAAACCAAGAAGUUUGGAUGAUGUGAAUGAUAAAAUGAAACCAUGGCAGCUGACGGAAAUUGUGGAUCCUGGGCAUUGCCGAAUGGUUACCAUGCCGGAGAGUACAGAUGCUAGUAAUAAGGUUGCUCGACUUCUUUACACAAAUUCUGGGGUCGGUCUGUUGGCCCUGGGGUCAUCUGGUGUCCAAAAGCUCUGGAAGUGGGUUCGCAAUGAGCAAAAUCCAAACGGGAAGGCCACUGCUAGCAUUGUGCCUCAACAUUGGCAACCAAACAGUGGCCUUGUUAUGACUAAUGAUGUCGCAGGUGUCAACCUUGAGGAGGCCGUUCCAUGCAUUGCUCUCUCAAAGAAUGAUUCUUAUGUUAUGUCAGCUGCUGGUGGAAAGGUUUCAUUGUUCAACAUGAUGACUUUUAAGGUGAUGACUACAUUUAUGUCACCUCCGCCCGCUUCAACUUUCUUGGCCUUCCACCCUCAAGAUAACAACAUUAUAGCCAUCGGUAUGGAGGAUUCCACAAUCCACAUAUACAACGUUCGUGUAGAUGAGGUGAAAUCAAAGCUGAAAAGUCACUCGAAGCGCAUAACAGGCCUGGCCUUUUCUACCAGCUUGAAUAUACUGGUUUCAUCAGGCGCUGAUGCUCAGCUAUGUGUUUGGAGUAUCGAUACGUGGGAGAAAAGAAAAUUGGUUCCGAUACAGCUUCCUGCUGGAAAAGUGCCAACAGGUGACACUCGAGUACAAUUUCAUUCUGAUCAAGUUCGUCUCCUAGUGUCGCAUGAAACACAGCUUGCACUAUAUGAUGCUUCAAAAAUGGAUCGCAUUCGACAGUGGGUACCACAGGAUGUCCUUUCAGCUCCUAUCUCUUAUGCUGCGUACUCCUGCAAUAGCCAAUUAGUUUAUGCUUCAUUUUGUGAUGGUAAUAUUGGGGUGUUUGAUGCCGAUACCCUGAGAUUAAGAUGCCGCAUUGCCCCUUCAGCGUAUUUACCCCAGUCGGUACUAAAUGGAAGUCAAGCCGUGUACCCGCUUGCCGUUGCAGCACAUCCUCAGGAUCCGAAUCAAUUUGCGGUGGGGUUGACAGAUGGUUCAGUUAGAGUGAUGGAACCCCAAGAAUCAGAAGGGAAAUGGGGAACAAGUCCACCAGUUGAUAAUGGGAUGCUAAAUGGUGGUAGGACAGCAUCAUCUUCCGCUACCAGUAAUCAUGGAGGCCCUGAUUCAGCUCAAAGAUAG